AGAUUACGCUGAGCAUGAAAACUCAACUUGAGCACGCAGUGAUCAACAGUGACAGUGUUGAAGUGUGCUGGGAAACUCAAGCAAAUCCAUCAAGAGAGUCCCUACAAUGGAUACAUUGACAGAAGAUUUAGCACGGUCUGAUGUCGAAGCCGAAAUGACGAUGUUGGGGGCGGAAGAUGCAGCAGAACAAAAUGUUGAAGCAAGCGAUGAAGUGGAGAACCUUCGAAACAGUUUACGUGAGGCUGUCCACGAUGACAGCGUCCGACCUAAAAUGCAGUGCUUGCUGAUGGACACCUCUUUCUCCAUGGUGACCAUGCAAGGCGAAGACAGCGGGAUCGCAUGGGAAACAACCGCGAGUCGCUGUGCCACACCUUGGACACCUGAAGCAGGAACAAUGGAUGUUAGCUCACCAGCUCCAGUCCGACUCGGAGCAUCGGGGUCUCAGCCUGCAGGAAAGAUCAUAUUUGUCAUGGACGAAGAGAUGAUCGCAAGACAGAGGAAACCUAAAGAAAGGGUGAACAAUCAGAAGAGCAAAGUGGAAAGAGAGCAAGAACUUUGGGAUGAAACCUUUGACAGCGUCUCAGGGCGACCAGAGUUGGUAGAAGUGUCCCAACCCAAUGUAAAAACUGAAGCAGAAGGGGAACAAGAGGAGGCGACUGAUCGUCUGGAGGACAAAGAGCAGAGUUUGUUCAGGAUAGUGUCAGAAGGUUCAGAAAUCCUCAACAUUGUUGUCCCUCCUAAAUUUGCCACCGUGGAUGAAGAGGAGAGCAAGGAAAUGGUGGACAACUUGUCAUAUCUGGAGGAGAGUCUUGUUCCCAAAACCAGUGCAGAGACUCAAGACAAUGACUUAUCAUUCUCAGCAGAAACUGGUGAUCAGAUAAAGGUUUUACCUCUUACAGGUCCUGGUGCAAUGGACCCACCAGGGGCUCCGGUGGCCAGACCGCCAGUAAGAGGAGUGCCUGGGAAUGUGGACUACUUUGAGGCGUUCUCUCUGAUUGAGGCCCAGGCUCCAGGAAGUCCUGCUGUGAUUCCACAAGGGCAGGAGGAGCAUGCGGCAAAAACAGCCACUGACAACCUGGAUGCUGAGAAACCAGUGGCACCUGAAGACCACAAAACGACCAAAAGUGUGGACACUGAUAAAUCAGACACAGUAAGUUUAGAGGAAAUAACCAGUGACCUUCUAGAUGAUGUCUUCUAUGGCGGUACAGAAAACUACGCUUUAAAAAGUAUGGAUGAUGAAGUUGGACUAGCAAAAAGUCCGAUAUCUAGGCUUGCUUCCAAACCAAGUGGUUCGUCUUUGUUCGGUAGCCAAGAGGACAUCCUGACACCAAUCUUCCUACCUGAAGGACCACCAAAAAUUAUUGACCAAAUAUUGCUGGAAGAGCCGACAGCCAUGGCUUUCCUUUACUCUGACCUGUAUGAGGAAGCAUUGGGCAGUAGGAAAAAGGAGGAGGAUGCAGAAAGCAUGACGUCUGAGAAGUCCUUCCAUAGCAGGCAUUCAGACCGAGAGGCCAGAGGUUACUUAGAGAAAUUUGUCCUGAUUGAUGAGACUCCUGCAGUGGAAACAGAACAGCAAGAAAAAGAAAUUUUCACAUCAGAGGAAUCUCGGACUCUACCUCAAGAUAUGUAUGACUUUGAAGACGUUCUCGCCAAGUCUGAAAAAGAGAGGCAACACUCAGACGACGUCACGGACUUCUUCAGGUCUAGUGCCAAUUCUUCUCCCUGUGACAUAGAACCUUUCCCUCGAUCCCUAGAAGAGGACGACAUUCAAACAGCAAAGAGUAGCAUCAAGACUCAAAAAAGCGUCUCAAUAGCUGCAGAAAAAGUCUCAGAAACCCCAGUAGAUCCUCUCGGCUUUUCAAGCUAUGAGUUCCUGCCAGAUGAACCAGACUGGGAGGAUGUAGAUGAUGGUCCUACAAACCUAGACAGAAGAUCUGUUGGAGGAGAAGAACUGGGAAGGCAAGAAUCCGAGCUCAAUAAACCAGAUGUCCCUCCCAGGAGAAAGACGGCAUCCUCUCCUGCUAAAUCCUGCUUGGAUCUAACACCUCUUACUCCGGUUGAUAUGAUUACACAAGAGAAAGAGGAGGCUGGAGGAAAGGAGCACAGGGUGGAGGAAAAAGAGACAGCAUCACCCGUAGAGACUGCUGACGAAGGAGACGGAAAUGAAGAAGACACUGUGGCGACUGAAUCCGAAGUUGCACAACUUGACAGCGAUCCAGUUGAGUUGAAAACCGGGGUCCUGGAGAGUGAAAGCACAAAAGAGUCUGAUGAGAUGACUGUCACAGACGCAAAACUAAAUGAAGAGGAAGAAACAAAACCGAACGAAGAUAGAAGUGAGAGUCAAACAGCAACGACCGCUACAGGACUCAAAGAAACAGAUGUUGAGACAGAGGUUAAUUCGGAGAAACAAGAAGACAGACCCACCACCUCAUCAGCUGAUCCUGCUGUAAACAAAAAGCAGUGUGUAAUACUUUAGUUUAGCCAAAAAGCUACCAUUUAAAACCCACUAAAAUGUUCUUACACACAGUUCCUACAGGUUAAAGUCACGGUGACCAGUUUGUGUAACACAUAGAAUAAGUGCUGGUUUUUGACCCCCCACCAAUUAGUUCCUUUGAGCUAUUAAUUGUUUUUUAACCCAAGGUUUUCAGGUAUGGAAUGGUACUGCCUAUUGUUUCAUUCUAAUUGUGUGUCGGGAAGUUUUGUACCUG